UUGCUUGCUCAUGUGAUCUUCCUCUACCGUAGCCUACCCCCUCCCAUUACAGGUCAAAAACACCCUGUUAUCCUCCCAUUACUCUGUCAGCUGGUUCCCCCUUUUCGGGUUCUUGCUUGCAGAACACCUAUUAAUGCCCUCCUCCGGUCAUCCUCAUGCUCUGUUUUUGUUGUCAACCUAGCCUUUCUCUGCCCGCCCUUGUCCUACGAACACCUCCCGAAGAAAAGAUUGUGACCUCCUUGUGAUCGCUGCUAGCUUGUUGACCGGGUACCCUCACUCUGUUCUUCGCUUCUUCUUUUUCUUCUUUUUCCUUUCUCGUGUCCUGAAUUUGAGUAUACAAAAGAAUCUCUUGUUGAUCCUUAUUUUUACACCUACCAUAUAUGCCAAGGUUUGGAGCCACUUCUUGAUUUGCUUCCACAGUACAAAUCCUCAUCCUUCCUUGCCGACCUAUUUUCAUCGGUUCUCUUUAUCCAAGAACUCGGAGAAGAUCCCCAACUCCCAGGGAGGAUUCCAGCAAUCCCCUCGAUCAUCUCCCCUCUCCCAUCAAGCUAGCUUGCGCGCGCUCACAAGCCAUAAAACAUGGCGCGUCCGGUCGCCGGUGGCCUGGCCAAGGCGGCGGCGGUGCUGGUGCUGGUACAGGUGCUGUGUAUGGCCCGGCGGUCGGAUGGCGUUGGCGUGAACUGGGGCACACAGCUGAGCAACCCGCUGCCGGCGAGCACUAUGGUGCGGCUGCUCAAGGACAACGGUUUCGACAAGGUGAAGCUGUUUGACGCGGAGGAGAGCAUCCUGGGCGCGCUCAGGGGGUCGGGGAUCCAGGUGAUGGUCGGCAUCCCCAACGACAUGCUGGCCGACCUCGCCGGCGGCGGCAAGGCCGCCGAGCACUGGGUCAAGGCCAACGUCUCCAAGCACGUCAGCGACGGCGUCGACAUAAGGUAUGUUGCCGUGGGGAACGAGCCGUUCCUGACGACGUUCAACGGCACGUACCUGAACACGACGUUCCCGGCGAUGCAGAGCGUGCAGGCGGCGCUGGCGAAGGCCGGGCUGGGCGGCAGGGUGAAGGUGACGGUGGCGCUGAACGCCGACGUGUACCAGUCGCCCACGGGGAAGCCGUCGGACGGCGACUUCCGCGACGACAUCCGCGGCCUCAUGCUCACCAUCGUGCAGUUCCUGGCGUCCAGCGGCGCGCCGUUCGUGGCCAACGUGUACCCGUUCAUCAGCCUGUACGCGGACCCCAACUUCCCGCUGGACUACGCCUUCUUCCAGGGCUCCUCGUCGGCGGUGGUGGACGGCGGCGUCACGUACGAGAACACCUUCGACGCCAACCACGACACGCUGGUGGCGGCGCUGCGCAGGAACGGCUUCCCCGACGUGCCCAUCGUCGUCGGCGAGGUCGGCUGGCCCACCGACGGCGACGCCAACGCCAACCCGGAGUACGCGCGGCGGUUCAACCAGGGCCUGCUGGACCACGUCGCGUCCGGCAAGGGCACGCCGCUCCGGCCGGGCGCCCCCGUGGACGCGUACCUGUUCAGCCUCGUCGACGAGGACCAGAAGAGCAUCCGGCCGGGCAACUUCGAGCGCCACUGGGGCGUCUUCUACUACGACGGGCAGCCCAAGUACCAGCUCACCCUGCGCGGCGGCAACGGCGCCGGCACGCUCGUGCCGGCCAAGGGCGUCGAGUACCUCAAGAAGCAGUGGUGCGUGCUCAAGCGCGACGCCGACCUCGCCGACCAGAAGGUCGGCGACAGCGUCAGCUACGCGUGCGGCCAGGCCGACUGCACCAGCCUCGGCUACAAGACCUCCUGCAGCGGCCUCGACCCGAGGGGCAACGUGUCGUACGCGUUCAACAGCUACUACCAGAGCAACGACCAGGACGACCAGGCCUGCAACUUCGGCGGACUCGCCACCACCACCACCGUCAACCCCUCCUCGGGGACGUGCCGGUUCAUCGUCCAGAUCGUCCCGGCGGACCCGACCAGCGCUGCAACGGCGAGCGUCGCCGGUGGGGUGGCCACCCUCCUCGCAGCAUUGUUGCUGCACCGCUUGUUCUGAGUCCUGGAUUGUAAAGAGACUUUAUUAGUUCAAUUUUAGCGCUCUAGCUAGCAUCUGACAGGAAUUCUUGACAGAAUAGAUUUUCAUCUCAAUUAUCAAUUGUCUUUUGUGGA